AUGACGUUUGUUUAUGAAGACCCUGUCUUAGAACAUAGAGAUCAGGUUUGUGAACGUCUUACGCGCUUCUCAACAACACGAAAUGGACCUUGGUUCAUCAUAGGAGAUUUUAAUGAGAUCACAUGUCAUAAUGAGAAAGAAGGAGGGAGACAACGCCCUAAUAGUUCAUUCCUUCCCUUUAAGCAGAUACUUAAUGACUGUGGGAUGCUAGAGUUUCCUUUCACAGGGGACAUGCUCUCUUGGGUAGGGAAGAGAGAAGGAGGAACAACUGUUCGAUGGCGCUUAGACAGAGAGAAACAACACAAUAUUAACUCGGCGAAGUUAGUGGAGGAGCUCAAGGAGAAAGUCGAGGGUUUAUACGCAGACGAUAAUGCGACGACUGAGGAAAUUGCAGCAGGGCUGAAGGAACUCUCUGAUGCUCUUAAAGCAGAAGAAAUGUUCUGGAAACAGAAGAGUAGAGUUUUUUGGCUGAGAGAGGGAGAUAAAAAUACAAAAAUUUUCCAUGCCUUAACGAAGCAAAGGAGAGCAAGGAACAAAAUCACGCAGCUACUAGAUGCAAAUGGUAAUUUAGUUGAGGACGAGGAAGGUCUGGUAGCCAUUGCUACUAGCUAUUUUCGGCAAUUUUUUGAGUCUUCUAUUCCAGAAGACAUUGAAGAGGCACUAUCUGAAGUUCCUACGACGAUGACGGGAUCAAUGAAUGAAAGCCUCACAGCUCCUGUUUCUGAAUGGGAAGUCAAAUUAGCUCUUUUUGCCAUGCAUCCAGACAAGGCGCCGGGACCAGAUGGGAUGACUGCACUUUUUUACCAGAAGUUUUGGGAUACAGUCAAGGAGGAUUUAACUCUUAUGGUUAAUAAUUUCCUCUUUGAUGGGACUAUGGUCAAUGGUCUGAAUGAUACAAAUAUAUGUCUUAUCCCAAAGACAAAUAAGCCUAAUGAUAUGGCUCAAUUUAGACCCAUAAGCGUAUGCAAUGUCAGCUACAAGAUCGUCUCUAAGAGGAUCAAUGCGAAUACAAGGCAAGAGAUUAAAGAUGUACUUGGAAUACAUAAUGAUGGUGGGAUGGGAAAGUACUUGGGAAUUCCAGAGGAUAUCAGUGGCUCAAAAUGCAAACUCUUUGCAUUUCUAAAGGAUAACCUGAUGCAUAGAGUUAAUGGAUGGACAGGUAGAUGGCUUUCAAAACGGGGGAAGGAGUUAAUGAUCAAGUCUAUUUUACUCGCUCUUCUGACAUACGUUAUGUCAACGUUUCUGCUCCCAUUGGAGAUUUGCGAAAACCUCGCUAGUGCCAUUGCACAAUUUUGGUGGAGUUCGAAUCCGCCAAACAGAGGAAUACACUGGGCGAAAUGGGAAAAGGUUUGUCUACCAAAAGAAGAGGGAGGGAUUGGCUUCCGCUUAAUCCAUGAGUUUAAUCUAGCACUGUUGGCAAAGCAAUUAUGGAGAUUGGUUCAGUACCCUGAUUCACUGGUUGCCCGAGUCUUGAGGGGCAUAUAUUAUAGAAUGACCUCGCCUUUAGGUGCAAUCUUUUCAAGUAGUCCAUCAUAUGUGUGGACAAGCAUUUACGCCGCAAGAAAGCUUUUGCUUCUGGGGAUCAGACAGAAGAUUCAUUCUGGUUAUGAAGUCAAGGUGUGGGAGGAUCUGUGGAUUCCAACGACACCUGCUAGACCAGCUACACCUGUAGCACCUGUGAUGCAUCCAAAUAUGAGAGUUAGUGACCUCAUUAACCAGGAAUCGAAGGAAUAG